CUGUAAACUUCUGCUAUAUUCCCGCAUUCGCCGAACCGCCGCCCAGAGCGCUACUCGCGCGCUCCGUUUAACAGACAGUUAGCGCUCCAUUCGCGCCUUACAUUUCGUCAAACCGCCUCAAACGUCAACAACAUUCUUUUAUUUAACACGCACGCGCCAACGAUUAUUUAGAAAAUAUUGCGGCCGAUUCUGCACAUAUUCUAAAGAAAACUUGACAUUGUCAAAAUGCCGCUGUGAAUGGAGCACUAGCGAAGCUUGGACGGUUGUCUUGGUAAAAUGUCGGCAGAGGAAGACACGGAGUUGCGGGACUUACUGGUGCAAACCCUGGAGAAUAGCGGCGUCCUCAACAAGAUCAAGGCUGAAUUACGGGCAGCUGUAUUUUUGGCUCUUGAAGAACAGGAGAGAGUAGAGAAUAAAACACCAUUGGUUAAUGAGAGCUUGAAGACAUUUUUGAACACAGAGGAUGGGCGUUUGGUGGCUGGUCUUGUUGCUGAAUUUCUCCAAUUUUUCAAUCUGGACUUUACUUUGGCAGUAUUCCGACCAGAAACAAACACGUUCACUGGACUUGAUGGGCGAGAUAAUCUUGCAAGGGAACUAGGAAUUCCUGAAGGAGCUGAUUUGAAGGGAGUACCAUUAUUGUUGGAGGUGAUAAGAAACGGUCAACAAAAAGAAAAAGGCACUUGCCCCUCUGACGGUGACUCACUCAAUUAUGUUCCUAAGGAGUUGUCAGCAAAACAUAUAGCAGAAGCCAAGAAAAAGUUUGAAUUUUAUGAUAAAGACAAAAAUGGUGAGAUAAGCAAAGAAGAACUGAAGGAACUAUUCAUAGACCUCUUUCCUCACUUUCACAAGAAUAUGCUGGACAGAUAUGUAAAUGACGAAUUUAAAGCUUUUAAUAAUGUGGUUGAUUUUGAUGAGUUUCUGGGAAUGUACAAAAGAUUGUUCGUCCAGUGCAGAAGCGUGAUAGUCCAAGAUGAUACUGAUACUGUACAGUCUCGUGGCAAGCUCCCAGAAGGGAGGCAAACUGCUUUAAAUACAGGGACCAAGGAUGAGGAGAUACCUAGAUACAAAGGAACUGAUAAAGUUAAAGAGAGCGAGGAAAAAACUGGUGAGAAGUUCACUAACAUCAGCUUUGGAGAUAUCAGCGUAGCCUCAGGUGAAGUAAAAAGUGCAACCAAUCUUUCUACUGGUGAUCCAAAGAAAGGCUUCAUCCCUAAUACAACAUCCAGUCUGCCAGAGCUAAAGAAAAAUGAAAAGUUAUGCCUCGAUGAUGAAGAUUCAUUCUUUGAUGACCCGUUGCCUGAGCAAAUGAAGAUCUAUGCCUGUCCAUCACAGGGAGACAAAAGUAUUUCAGGGUUACGUUCUUCAGGUAGCAAAAAGAAUGACAUUCAAAAAGCCAGUAACUCUGGUAAAAACAGUGAUACUGAAGAAGAUGCAGUGGAUCCCUUUGUAGACGCAGUUGGUAGACAGAGUACUCUAGAAAGGCAUGCAGAUUUGAACAGUAAACCAACAGGUGGCCUUACAUCCCUUUCAGAUGCCCCCCCUCUGAAUGCAAACUUGGUGUCUCUGGCAGGAGCACUACCUGUAAAAGAUAUUGACAUAAAAGGAGCAGGUGAUGAAGAAGAAUAUUACGAUGAUGAUUUUGUCAGUGGCAGUCAGCGUUCAGAUAAAACCAAGAGUGAAGUGAGCAUUGGUGAAGAAAUUGAAGAGGAUAUUUCUGUGGAGGGGGAGGAUCUUUGUACUGAUGAUAAGGUCGACGAUUUGACACUGGACCACACCAUUUCUCACUUAAGUGAUGUGGCAGAUUAUAUAGAGGAAGUUGCGUAAUAUCUUCAUAAUGAAUAAUUAGUUCACUGUACAGAUAAAUGAGUAGUUGUUUUGGUCAAUUCUGGUGUUCUGAAGAAGCUCUGAAGCAAUGGAAAUGGAAUUAGGCUGAUAUAGAAUCCCUCCAUUAGCAGACAGUUGGUUGAAUUUCUUAAAAUCAGUUAAUCCAAAUGAAAACCAAAGACUAUGUGUUACACUCAAAACCGAUGCAAUCAGAAUGGUACUGAAUAGUGCCAAUGGGGGAGUCUGAAAGUGUCCUCGGACUGUCUUCCAGUAUCCACGAGAAGAGGCUUACACUCCUUUAAAAAGGAUCAGUUUGGUCCGAAAUUGUAAUGUGUAUAAAUAUAUUAAGUAAAAAUUAUUUUUAAUGUAGAUUUAUUUUUUGAAUAUUCCAUGUGUUCUUAUUGCAUAAAGUCUUAUCAAAAAUCUCUCUAAUCUUUUUAGAGCUGCAUGAAAACUUUUAAAUGGGUAAUUAUUUCUCAAAAAAUGCAACAUUAAUAAAUUACUGGUAAUAACAUCUAGUGUUAAAUUGGUUUGUAUUAAAUUUAUUUGAAUUCUUUUGGCAUUUGGCAACCUAUUAAUUAGUAUUCAUAUUCAGAAUAUUCCAAACUGUAGAGCAGACCUAAUGCUACUUAGUUAACUUUGGAAUUAGAUGGUGAUAAAAAAAAGGGUAUACUUCCUGCUACUUUUUUAACUCUAUGAUUGCUGCUGGAUUUGUUUGUGUGGGCGUUGACUGAGACCAUAAUGGUGACGAUAUGAUGAGCCAGUGUUCAUUAGGUUCACAGAUGAAGUGCAACCAUUUUCUUGAAAAUCAGAAACCUGCCAUUUCCGCUCGACCUUUAUUCCAAUGUGCUCAGCAUCUAUAUAAAAAUUGCUAAAUACUGAUAUCAUCUGUUAUGUGUGUCCUUGAGUAAAGCCUAUUAUGGAACUGGAGCUGUGUUUCAAUUGCACACGGACACUAUCUUGUUUUUAUUGCAUUAACUAAAGUAUGGAGAUUCCUGGAAUUGUUAAUGAACAUUUGUAUUUCAUUCAAAUAAAUUGACAGCCUCUGUUCAAAGUGUGUACACCUCGAGGCAGUGAGAAUUA